UCAUUUGAGCAACAGGGUUCUCUUAUGCAUCCUGCUUUGGUCAGAGUGUUGAUCCUCUUUUUGGAUUCCUUUGCAUGCAUGCAGUGCUCUUAGCCAUUGAGGAAGGAAAGCAUCGUAUUAAAGUAUCACCUCCAGGCUCAGACUCUGAUAAUUCAUACUGUAAAUAUAAAUCUAGACUUUUCCCACCUGCUGCUGUCAUCAAACAGACUUACAAUGCCUUCGCUUAGGCUAUUCUUCUACAUCAUAGGUUUGGUUGUGGUUUCUGAAACAGCCCCAACUUCAAAUUCCGUAACCGUAACAACCCUCAUCACUGCCAAUACCACCGAUAUGACCCCAGCGAACAGUGACCUUAAUUCCACCACUGUAACAACCCUCAACACUCCCAAUACCUCUGAUAUGACAGGGGGCGGAUAUAACAUCCUCACCACCACCAGCCAAACCACAGCCAACGUCACACCUACCACCAUUAACAGCACCAUGGCUCCCAAAACCAAUCUGACCUCAACAGUGAAAGGUGGCAAUGAUAUAACAAUUCCCGACACGCCCAUGACCACACCUAAAGCCAUGGUUAGCAAAAAACCGAUGGUCAUUGCACCAGAUGAAAAAAAAACUCCCAAACCAAUAAAGAGCAAUAACUACAACACUGGCAUUAUCAUCCUAGUUGUGAUCAUCCUUGUUGCUGUUGCAUUUGGAGUUGCCUGCUUCAUCGCACGGAAAAGAGCAAGGCGCUACUCUGUCGAUUUCACUUCCAGACCAGAUGAAGCUAACAUCCCUCUCAGCACCAUGGAGCCCGACUUUCCUGUUGAUGCUGCACCUCAGAACAGUCUGCAAACCUUUGAAAGUGCAGAAACUACUACAAAAGAGCUGCAAAAACCAGAGGCUAAACCAGAAGUACAGGAGGAGCAGAAGGCUGAAGCUGAUAAACCUGUUGAGGAUCCCGGCGAGUCUGCAGCUCUGGUGCCAUCCCCAGACAGCGCUGAGGACAAACCCAAAGACGAAGUUGUUGAACAGAGCCCCCCUCCACUUGUGGAGCUGAGUCUGGAGGAAAAAACUGACGACGAGGGCGUUGUCUCCAACAAGACGUCUUUGGAAUCGCUGAAGGAGACAAAUGAGAACAACAGCAACAGUGCUGACUUCAGUCAGAAGAGAGAUUUGAAGAAAAACAACAUCUUCUGGGACAGUCCGGUGUGAGAUAGUGUCCUCUCUAACCCUGUGCAGUUCUCCAGGAAAUCGUUCUGUGCCUUUUUCUUUUCUUUCAGAUUGACGGAGUGACCGCAGAGGAAAGGGGCAUGUCUGUUCACAUCGUUGAGACAUCUAAUUGGCUGUUAUCUCUUCCUUAAUCUCAAAUGUAUUUUUUACAGAGCAGCUUUUUCAAAAUGAGAUUUCAGCUGAGCUUUUUGAGUGUUUUACUGUUAACUGUAUUUCAGGAUAUUACAAAAGGUCAACAUUUACUAGAUUUAUCGAGGGGUACAACUUAAGCAUUUAUAAACAGAAAACAAGUGGUUGAUAACACUCUGAUGUUAUCGUUAAGUGGAUUUUAUGUCCCUAUUACAGCUUACAGCAUCAGUAUUCAGCGUUAAAAAUGUUGUAAUACAUUUGUGCUCGGGUGGUACAACUGGUACAACUUCACAAUAUGUUACAAAUAGUUUUUAAGGAUCUAUUAGUGGUUAUUAAUAGUUUUUAAAUAUUGCAUUGUAAAUAAAUAAAUGCUGUUAUAAUUCAAUGUAUGUGAUAAUGCAAGUGUAUUCACUGCCAGCUUCUUAGCCAUAGACAUCUUUAGUGUGGACUUUUUUUCCCCAAAUAACUUUUGGUAUAUAUUCAUAAAAUAUUAUACAAUAAUAACAAUAUAAAAGUACAACAUGAAGACAGAUUGUCUGUUGAGGAUUGUCACAUUUAAAUAACGUGAAUGUUAAUAAUGUUAUUGUAUCAACUUCAUAUGUUAUUAUUGUAAAUGCUACAUUUAGCUUUUCUAUGCAAUUCCCAUUGAUUUGAAUUCAUGUUUUCAUUGUGUUGAAGAAUUGAUAAAAUGUUAUUGUCCUUUGAAUGUAUUAAAGGAAAGUAUUUUAACUUUC